AUGUCUGCACAACCUUUAAAAAAAUAUAGAAGAGAGUCCGACGAAAGCGAACAUGAAGAAGAAAAUGACAAAUUUGUUCCUUACGUUCCUGUAAAGCAGAGGAAAAAACAGCAAUUGCUUAAGCUAGGCCGUAUUGUUCAACUUACGGCCGAAGCAUCCAAUGUCGGUAAAUCGUCCAGUGAAAAUGAACACGAAGAAGAAAGUACAGAAGAAUCUUGGGGACGGAAGUUUAACAUAAGUCUGUUGGAUCAACAUACCGAGCUGAAAAAAAUUGCAGAAGCCAAAAAAAUCAGUGCCGUAGAAAAACAGUUAAAGGAAGAGGAAAAAAUUCUCGAAAGUGUAGCCGAAAAGAAGGCUCUCAUGGGUGUGGCUGAAUUGGCUAAAGGCAUUCAAUAUGAAGAUCCUAUUAAAACUAGCUGGACACCACCCAGAUACAUUCUUGCAAAGCCAGAAUCAUUUCACGAAAAAAUACGCGAAAAACUACGUAUACUUACCGAAGGUGAUAAUGUACCUCCGCCUUUGGUCACAUUUCGCGAAAUGAAAUUACCUAAGGCGGUACUGUCUGCAUUAGCAAAAAGAAACAUUAAGAAACCUUCUCCAAUUCAAGUUCAAGGAAUUCCAGCAGUAUUAGCUGGGCGAGAUUUGAUUGGUAUCGCUUUUACGGGCUCAGGAAAAACUCUAGUGUUUGUAUUGCCGAUUAUUAUGUUCUCCUUGGAACAAGAAUUGCGGUUGCCUUUUGUUAAACGAGAAGGUCCAUAUGGUUUAAUAAUCUGUCCGUCGCGAGAAUUAGCGAAGCAAACACAUGACAUCAUACAAUAUUACUGUCGGCAUCUACAAGAAGCCAAUAUGCCUGAAAUUCGCACGGUACUUGCUAUUGGAGGCGUUCCUAUAAACGAUGCAAUCGCAAUUAUACAGCAAGGAGCACACAUCAUGGUUGCCACUCCUGGUCGUUUGAUGGAUAUGUUGGAUAAGAAGCUGGUAAAUCUCGAUGUUUGUCGCUAUCUAUGCAUGGAUGAAGCAGAUCGUAUGAUUGACAUGGGAUUUGAGGAAGACGUUCGUACAAUAUUUUCUUACUUCAAAGGGCAGCGUCAAACUUUAUUGUUUUCUGCGACAAUGCCGAAAAAAAUUCAAAAUUUCGCAAAGUCGGCUCUUGUGAAACCAGUAACAAUUAACGUUGGUCGAGCGGGUGCUGCCUCGAUGAACGUUACCCAAGACGUAGAAUACGUCAAACAAGAAGCAAAAGUGGUAUACUUACUCGAAUGCUUACAGAAAACUUCACCUCCAGUGCUGAUAUUUGCAGAGAAAAAACAGGAUGUUGAUGCUAUACAUGAGUAUUUGCUGUUAAAGGGUGUUGAAGCAGUUGCGAUUCACGGAGGAAAGGAUCAGGAAGAAAGAUACCGCUCGGUCGAAGCUUUUAGAAAUCAAGAAAAGGACGUGUUGGUUGCUACUGAUGUUGCAUCAAAAGGAUUGGAUUUUCCUGACGUACAGCAUGUAAUUAAUUAUGAUAUGCCCGACGAUAUCGAGAACUAUGUACAUCGCAUCGGUCGUACGGGUCGGUCAGGCUCAAAAGGUCUAGCAACAACGUUCAUCAAUAAGGCUACUGAACAAUUUGUACUACUAGAUUUAAAGCACCUCCUAAUUGAAGCAAAACAAAAGGUACCACCUUUUCUGGGAGAACUUUGUUCAGAAACCGAAAAAUACGCUGAUCUUGGCGAUGGUUGCAGUUACUGUGGUGGACUGGGACAUCGUAUCACUGAAUGUCCCAAGUUAGAAGCAGUGCAGAGUAAGCAGGCUUCAAACAUAGGUCGUAGGGAUUACUUGUCUAAUACAGCGGCUGAUUACUAA